UGUAUACAAAACUCUUGUGAUGCGUGGAGAUCUAGAUCAUGCAAAUCAAAUUUUACCAACCAUUCCUCCAGAACAUCACAAUAGUGUUGCUCAUUUUUUGGAAUCUCGAGGAAUGUUGGAAGAUGCGCUAGAAGUGGCUACAGAUCCUGAUUACAAAUUUGAUCUGGCCAUACAGCUGGGAAGACUUGAGAUUGCAAAGGAAAUUGCUACCAAAGCCCAAAGUGAAUCAAAGUGGAAGCAGCUAGGAGAAUUAGCUAUGUCCAUUGGGCAGGUAUUCUCUUUCAUUUAUUUUUUAUGAGAAGGAUUUA